GGCCGUUGUAUACGGAACGCGGCGCUUGUGCCGCGAACUCGCUGAAGAUGCGAGUGGUCGGCAAUAGUCGAGCGCACCGUCGCGAGUACGCCGUAACCUGUGCGCUGUCGUGUGCUUCGUUCCAGAGGCUCCUGGAAGCAGUUGGUCAACGGGCGAAGCAAGGAAGCGCUGAAGAUGCGGUGGCUGGCCCUGCUUGUCAGCGUGGCGUGCGCUUCGUGCAACGGUGCCACAGCCCUCAGCCUCGCCGAAGCUGAGCCUCCUGCCACCCGGCCCAUUGAGGACUUCAUCAUGUCCGAUCCAGUGCUCCCCAUUUACCCCGCCAGGACCACAUCGACGACAACGCCAGCACCAAAGCCGGCAGCAACAGCAACAACAAAAACGACACCAGCACCGAUACGACCGACAUCGACCUGCGAAAAUGGCGAACACUUCGCAGACAGCAAGAGCUGCGCGCGCUUCUUCGUCUGCGUCCACGGGCGCGCGCUGUUGGUGCAGUGCCCCGGGCCGCUGCUAUUCAACGAGCGCAUCGGCGUGUGCGACUGGCCGCGGAACGCGCGCUGUGCCCACGACAGACCCGUCGCAGCAGGAACGGCCGGAGGCGUCGCCGUGGACCGCUGGGGCGAGGUGACUUGCGUCGCCAGCGAGGGCUUCUACGCGAGCCCCAGGCACUGCGGCGAGUUCUUCCGGUGCCACCGAGGCAGCGCGCACCGCUUCGUGUGCGCGCGAGGUCUGGUGUUCAACGACGCGUACAAGACGUGCGACUGGCCCUGGAACGUCGGGCGCCACGGCGGCCGCGGCUGGCGCGCGUGCCGGUUCAGCAAACACUGGCAGUACUGACACGACUGUUCUUCCUCGUCGAUUAUGUGCCUGGACAUUUGUGUCAACGUUGGUUUGUGCGACAAAUGCGGGCCGCCAGAAGUAACUGAAGUAACGACGGCUGUACUUUGCGCUUCGUUCGGUAUAUAUCAUGACUUCUCAGGACUUGCGCAGGUUGAAUUAUACCAGUGAAAAACAAAAUUACACGUUUCUAAA